GGUGAAGUUAUAGUUGUUUGGUUUUCUUCGUAACCAUCGAAAUCAGAUUCCUUUACCCGAAAAAUAACCAUCAACCUUUUUCUUAUUUAUCUCUCUCUAUCUCUCUCUUAGCUUCCUCGGUUUCAUCGUCAACUGCAUUUCAUCUGUCUCAACAAUGGCGUCAUUUUCUGUAUCUUACGCCAAGAUCUGUGCUCCGAACCAGCGGUUCGGAUCUUUUCCUGGAACCCGACGGCAGCCGCAACUCAAUGGCGUAUCCUUUCCCUCCGAUGUAUCUCAGAAUCAAUCUACAAUCUGGAAGUUGCGUGCGACAACCAAUGAGGCUGUCUCUAACUCAACCCCAAUGACAAACGGUAACGGGAAAGUGAAGAGCAAUGUUCCUGAACCUGCCGAACUCUCUGACUUUAUGGCCAAAGUCUCUCGUCUUCUUAAGCUUGUGGAUUCAAGAGAUAUAGUGGAACUUGAACUGAAGCAACUCGACUGUGAGAUUGUUAUUCGCAAGAAGGAAGCUUUACAGCAGCAGCAACCUGCACCAACAGCAGCUCCAGUUUACCACUCCAUGCCUCCUCCAGUGACAGGAUAUCCAAUGCCUCCUUCUCAACCAGCUGCUCCUCCUGCUUCUCCUACUCCCUCCUCAGCCCCUGAAACAGCAAAACCAGCAACCCCACCUGCCUCUUCUCAUCCUCCACUCAAGAGUCCUAUGGCUGGUACUUUCUACAGAUCUCCUGGACCUGGUGAACCCCCUUUUGUCAAGGUUGGUGAUAAGGUGCAGAAGGGUCAAGUUGUUUGUAUUAUCGAAGCUAUGAAACUAAUGAAUGAGAUUGAGGCUGAGAAAUCAGGAACCAUCACUGAACUACUAGCUGAAGAUGGAAAACCGGUUAGCGUUGACACGCCUCUGUUCACCAUCGUGCCUUGAAGCGUCAUUUUAGCUGGUUCAGAACAUCUUCGGAGUCUUGGUUUAGCUAAUACCGACGUGCUGAAAAUCUUCAAGUGGUUAUUCCGGUCUGAUUGUUUUUUUGUUUUUCCUAUAAACUGUCAUCUUUUGUGAGAAUCACGUAACGUAUUAAUAUGCAUGUCUUUUAGAAUAAUUUCGACAAAACUAUUCAGUUUAUAAUGUGUUGCACUAUCUCCCCUUGUUUUAGUAAUUUAAUAAAUUAACAUUUAUUU